UGCCAUCUCUGCAGAAGCUCUCAACACUGCUUUCAACUGAAGUAGACUUCGAUCUCAGAUCCUCAAGUCAGUCCAGUUUCGGAAUCAGCGAGUACACAUUUGCCGAUGUGGGAAACUUGGAGCAUUGCGCCAAAUACCUGAACCAGAUGCUCGUUACCUUCGGAUUUCCGGCGUCGCUUGAUCUGUUUGCAAGUGAUCCGGUUUCGAUUGCGCGCACUUGCAAUUGUGUAUAUGCACUGUUACAGCAGAGGCAACGUGAUAUUGAAUUUCGGGAGUCUGCUAAUGAGCAGAGACAACGACUCCUGUCUGACAUAUCAAGAUUAGAGGCCCGGGUGGAGAGGCUUGAAGCCCAGUUAUCUGCGAAAGAUAGGGAGAUAGCAACAAUUACUCGAACGGAAGCUAAAGCUACAGCAGCAUUUAAGGCCCAUAUUGAGAAGUUACAGCAGGAACGAGAUGAAUUUCAAAGGUUGGUUAUUGGUAAUCAGCAAGUGAGAACUCAACAAAUACAUGAGAUGAAGAAAACAGAAAAGGAGUAUAUAACGUUGCAGGAGAGGUUAAAUCAAGUAUUAAUGGAGAAGAAGAAGGAAUCUAGAUCAGGCAUGGAGAUAAUGCAUUUACUUCAGAAAGAAGGACGACAACGUGGCACAUGGAACGGGAAAAAGGCUGAUAAUGACUUCUAUAAAAAGAUUGUGGAUGCUUAUGAGGCAAAAAAUAAAUCAAGAACUAGUGGCAGAGAAUGCGGCUUUGGCACAUGCACUCCACCCACUCCUUCUCUCUCUGGUCCCUUUUUCUCUCCCCCAUACUCCCUUUAAUUAUAUCCAUCCUUUUUUUCUUCAUUUAUUCCACUCACGUUC